CAGAGUCUCCGCUGCCUUCAGAGCAGCAUCCUCACACCGCAGCCGGGGAGUCCGGAUUAACAAAGCGAACCCACCCGGGCAGGGCCGCCUCUCUCUCUUUCUCCACCUCUCUCCAAAACUUUGGAGACUUUUGCGCGUGAACCAGGCGCCUUUUGGAUUUCGUUGAUUUGGAGUCUCCAAACUUUUUGGCGCAAGUAAAAGUUCGCUCAGAGUUUUGGGAGCGGGAGGAUGAUCCUGCAGGGGGACCAGCUGCCGCUGCAGUGAAAACAUGGAGUCCAGUACAGCCGGCGGCGGCAGCGGAGGAGGAGGAAGGUGGAGGCUCCGUCAUGUUGUCCCAGUCGUCCUGCUGUGGAUGUCUCUGCUCGGGCACGUGCUGGGCUGCAUCCCGACAAACUGUAACAUGGAGCUGACGGAGUCCAAGGGGGAAUUCACGUCGCCCUGCUACCCCCAGGUAUACCCCAAUUCGCAGGCCUGUAGGUGGACCAUGAGGGCCCCCGCCGGCUUCAUCAUCCAACUCUCCUUCCUUCACUUUGAGCUGGAGGAGGCGCCGGGCUGCAUCUACGACCGGGUGGUGGUGAACACGGGAAAGACAGACGUUAGAUUCUGUGGUCUGACGGCCAACGGGCUGACGCUGAACUCCACAGGGGACGUGAUGGAGCUGUCCUUUACCUCCGACUUCAGCGUGCAGAAGAGGGGGUUCAGGGUUAGCUUCCAACACGUUGCCGUGGCCCUGAGGAACCAGAAGGUCAGCAUUUCCAGCGGCAAAGGCCAGAUCACUAGGGUUGCCAGCUCCAUUUCUAUACCGACGCUCAGUCAGCUGACCGUGUGCUUUGAGCUGCAACGCAGCAGUCAGAAACAGAAAGAGUCGAUCUUCACCUACUAUGACAUUAACAACAACGUGGCGCUGAGUUUGGGCUCUGAUGUAACCGGAACGAAGAUGGUUGUUGGCGGAGUGGAAUGCUCGAUCGAGUCCAUCAUGUCCACCACUGUCUUCACUUCCACCAUGAAGCCUUUCUGUGUGCUCUGGACAUCGUCAAACGGCCGGGUGGCGGUCUAUUUCAAUAACGAGUUCUGGGCCAAGACCUGCGCCUCCUCUACGGGGCUCUCUGUGGCAGCUGGUGGAGUGUUCCAGUUAGGAGGGGAGCAGAGCCUCAACGGGAACAUCUAUAACUUCCGGCUGUGGGAUUACGCCAUGACAGAGCAGCAGCUCAGGGCGUUAAACUGUGACACGGUGGGGAACGUCAUCGACUGGGACAACAGCUACUGGACCAUCCCGUCCACUCUGGCCCAGAUGGACGCCACGCUCAACUGCAUGCUCCUUCCGAAGCGCCGCAGAAGUGUCCCUGAUGAAAUAACAUUUUGGCAGUAUCUACGGCGCCUGCUGGGCCUGGGUGUCUCCCCAUCCAGCACACCAGUCCCACUCACUGUCAGCUGUAACCCCUCUGGAUUGGGCUGCCCAGCUCCACAGACAACCAGCAGCACGUCAACUGUUUCAUCUGCUACCACUAACCAACCAGCUACUAACCCCACAGCGCAUGAGAGGCAGUUCUACCGGAUUUCUUUUGUGGUGGAUGACAGGGGCGCGACGCUGACCCUGGCUGAUGUUGAGCGAGCUGCGGCCCUCUGGCUAAAUCAAACGUUUCAGAACUGGAACUAUGCAGUCUACAUCGACUCCAUCAGUGUCCAGCCUGAUUUGCAGAGCAGAGGUAACCUGGAGAGUUACACGUGCCAGGCCCUGCUGGUUUAUCCUUACGGCAAUCGGAGUCUGAGUGAAGCUGAUGUUUCUGCCACGCUGUCCAGCAGAGAGGGGCUCAUGGGUGCCGGUCUGCAGAUCCAGCCCGAUUCCACCAAUGUCAGAUUAAUUGCAAACUGUCCGGGGGAGAGUCUAGUGCACUACAACUGGCCUCAGACCAGACCCACCAUCACUCAGUACCUGCCCUGCUUCCCCAACAAGGACCAGAUGGCCUCCAGGACCUGUUCGAUCAGUGCACAGAACUACUCAUCCUUCUGGACAACUCCAGACUCCAGUAAAUGCACGAACAUUGCCAACAUCCCGGUGACAGCAGAAAACGCGGCCGACGUGGCGCAGCAGCUCGUCAACAUCACCGACAACGAGUUGUCCAACGAAGAGGUGUCCAAAGUGGUGGCCAAGGUGAAUCAGCUGGUGAACGUGGCGAAGAUCAACACCACGCUGGCCUCCACCGUCGUCAAGAUCAUCUCCAACGUCAUGACCAGCUCAGAGACAGCUCUGUCCAACACCUCCAAGGAAGCCCUGAAGACGGUGGAUGAGUUGGUUGAGAAGCUGGAGUUUGAUGGCCCGUCGGUCAGCAUCACCUCCAAACAUCUGGCUUUGGGAAUAUCGGCCCUCAACGCCUCCACGUUCAACGGGACCACCUUCAGCGCCUUCCUCGCUCCAGACAGCACCAACCCACAGAUUGAGUUUCAAUCAGAGAGGGUUAACCCUUUGUCUCAGAUCACCCUCCCUCGGUCCCUGCUGUCCAGCGGCUCCCUGAGCGACGCCGACCGAUCGUCUCUGUACAGGAUCAACUUCAUUUUCUUCAACAGCACCAACCUGUUCCAGAAAAAGCAGGGCAGCCGCUCUUUAAACAGCUACGUGGUAGCCAGCAGUGUCCAGAACGUCUCCAUCAGUAACCUGCAGCAGCCAGUGAAGAUUGAGAUCGCUCACCUUGACACCAACAUUGAGCAGCAAUACCUGAAUCCAGUUUGUAUGUUCUGGGACUUCAGCAUGAACAAUGGUGCUGGAGGUUGGAACGAAACGGGCUGCCGUGUGUCCAACGAAUCCACCAGAAACAGAACCAUCUGUCUCUGUGACCACCUGACACACUUCGGCAUCCUCAUGGACUUUUCUGGAGCGUCACUCCACAUAGACGCGAAGAACAACGAGAUUCUGACCUUCAUCACCUACAUCGGCUGCGGCAUCUCCGCCAUCUUCUCUGCUGUCACGCUGGUCACCUACAUCGCCUUCGAAAAACUACGCCGUGACUACCCUUCCAAGAUCCUGAUGAACCUCAGCACGUCCUUGUUGUUCCUGAACAUGGUCUUCCUGUUAGACGGCUGGCUAGCCAGCCGGGGAAUGGACUGGCUGUGUAAGUGUGUGGCCGCCCUGCUGCACUACUUCCUGCUGACCUCCUUCACCUGGAUGGGGUUGGAGUCCAUCCACAUGUACAUCGCUCUGGUCAAAGUCUUCAACACCUACAUACGACGAUACAUCCUCAAGUUCUGCAUCGUGGGAUGGGGGCUCCCUGCCCUCAUGGUGGGGAUUGUUGUUGCGGUGGAUCGAGACAUUUACGGCCCAGAAAAGCCAACAAAUGGAUCCUCAGAGUUCUGCUGGAUCCAGAAUAAAAGCGUCCUCUACACCACCUGCGUCGGUUACUUCUGUCUGGUGUUUCUGCUGAACGUGGCCAUGUUCAUCGUGGUGAUGAGGCAGAUCUGCGGCCGCAACGGCAAACGCAGCAACCGCACGCUGAAGGAGGAGGUUCUACGAAACCUGCGGAGCGUCGUCAGCCUCACCUUCCUGCUCGGCAUGACGUGGGGCUUCGCUCUGUUCACCUGGGGAUCCUUCAGCCUGGUCUUCACGUACCUCUUCUCCAUCUUCAACUCGCUGCAAGGUCUGUUCAUAUUUAUCUUCCACUGUGCCUUGAAAGAAAACGUCCAGAAACAGUGGAGGAGAUACCUCUGCUAUGGCCGAUUCAGGCUGUCCGACAACUCAGACUGGAGUAAGACGGCCACCAACAACACAAAGAAGGUGAGCUCAGACAACCUGGGCAAGUCUCUGUCCUCCGGCUCCUUCAGCUCCAGCACCGCCAACUGGACCUCCAAAGCUAAAGCUACUCUCAGCCCCAUCACCAAACGCCACAGUAACACAGAUAAAGGUUACUCCAACCAGCCCAGCCCCAAGUGCGUCUCCUCGUGCCCUUCCUCCUCAGAGGAAGAGCCCAGCUCCUCCUCUUCCUCGUCCUCCAUGCUCCCUGUCAGCCAGAUGAUCGACAAGGUGAAAGGUUACUGCUCCACACGCUCGGACAACUUCUACAAGAACAUCAUCAUGUCUGAGAGCUUUGCCAACUGCACCAGGUUGUAGAAGGGAUCCUCAGUGUUUUUGGGGCCGACCUUCUGGAUGCUUCCCCUGUCUUUUGGAACUGCCUGAAUUGUUCGAGAACAUUUUCUUUUGACAUCAUCCUUCCAGACGCUUCAGUGACAGAGAAUGCUACGGCUAAAGGUUCCACUAUGAAGGGAAACAAUGGAACCCGGCCUGUUGUUCUGGAACUGCUGUUAUUUAAGGCGUCACUUCUGUCCUUAAACUGCUGCCCAACAUUGUAGAACCUUUCCUGUUCUAUAUUUACUUUUAAUUUCUAGAACUCUCUGACAGCCUCAACAGUGUAGAACCUUUUGUUUCUGCCCAGCAUUCUAGAAUCAUGCGUGUUUUGGAACUGCUCAAAGCACUUUGGAUCCUCCCUCCAAGUCUUUUGGAACUGCCUGAAUUGUUCUAGAACUGUUUUUUGACAUCAUCCUCCUGGAAGCUUCAGGAACAGAAGAGGCUACUGUCGAAGGUUCCUAAAUGAAGGGAAACAAUGGAACCUGCCUCGUUGUUCUGGAACUGUCCACAAUGUUAUUUAAGGCUUUGCUUUUGUUUCUGGAACUGCUGCCCAACAUUGUAGAACAUUCCCUGUUCUGGAAUUACUUUUAAUUUCUAGAACUCUCUGACAGCCUCAACAGUGUAGAACCUUUUGUUUCUGCCCAAAAUUCUAGAAUUCUUUCCCAACUUCAGCCACAGAAGAGGGUUCUAAAAGUCCUUUUUCAAAGCACGUCCAACAUUAUUGUUGCUGACCAGAAUUCUAGACCCGUCGGUCCGAAAUCACCACUCAUUCACUUCUCACUACGUCGGGAGUAGAGGACUAUAUAGUGAUAAUAAACACUUUCGGACACCACUCUGAUCAUUAUUUCAGCACCGUUAAUUACGUAAUUGCCAGUAGUUUCCCAUAAAUUCAUUUAUUUGUGGCGGCCCACCACAUUAUCAGCUCUGAGCGCUACGUAGUGAUUGCCGUUAUUUUGUUUGUUUGUUUUUUUUACUAUUUAAGAUGGGAAAAGCUCUCCCCCCCCCCCACAAACACAUUGACAGCGGACCAGUCUGUGGAUUGAAUGGUUAGUAUCAUGAACACCCCUGCACAAAUCCGUCCAACGUCAAUGUCGGAGUUCCCCCCCCCCGCCACAGUUACGCUGUCAUUCUGUGGGAAACACUGCGAUAAAUCAGACAGGUCGGUAGAAAAACAUUCUCGGGUCUCUUUGGGUCAAAGGGUCUCCUAGUGUGACCUUAUCACAUUUCAGUUUGGCCAAGUAACAUUUCUUUUCUUCGACUGGCAGUUAAGGUUAUUUACUUGUUAUGGAUUGCUCUGCCGGAAGUUAAGUUUGGGCCAGAGUAAUGCACAUGCGCAGUUCCGUUUGUUUAUGUUGUUACCGUUGAAAGCGUCUAUAUAGGGUAUAAUCAUUCAAACUACACAUUUGGACAGCACUACAAAACGGCGUGUAUAGUGAUUAGGGGGUGAUUUCGGACACAGCCCUGUCACCUAAAAUGUCUUGAUCCUUCCCGCCUCACCUGAUCCUUGGAGCUCUGAUUCAGAAUCCCUGUUGUGCUUUUAAUUUUAAUGUGUUAAAUUGUGUCUCAUCAUGUACAUUGUUGGCAAACAUAGGUGUUGUUGGAACUAUAAUUUGAAUUGGCCUGAUUAGCAAAAAUUGAAAUAGUUUGUAAUGUUUUAAUUUGUUUCAAAAGAAUUUGUUUCUUUAUCUAGUCAUCAGAAAGAAUUAAGAGCUAGUUGGUUUGUGUGACAGAAUACGGACAGCUACCUGAUUCAAAUCAGAGCCACCAUCUUAAUGCACUUUGCGUUGUAUUAAAGUGCCUUCUAAGAAAAAUCUACCUUUUCAUGCAAACUGUUCAAAAGACAGCCUGUGAACUAAACUGCUAAAACCCCAGAGACCAAGUUAAGACAUUUUCGUUUAUAAAACCUGGGGGCCUGGACAAUUAAGGGCAGAGCUACAGUGUGGUCAGAGAACGUUGGUGCGAUUCUACUGUAUCAAAUCAAAUUACAGAAUUGGCUAACCUGGCUGCCAGACUGUGGGACUAAAAGGGAAUGAAAGGGGGCGGAGGAAAGAGGGGAGGAAAGGAUAAACACAAGGCGGGAAGGUAGAGAAGAGGUAAAAACGUUCUGGUAGAAAAUAAGUAAGCAGUUGGGUUCUUGUGUUUUUUAAUACUGUGAUGUUUGUUUAAACUGUCUCUUUGUGCAUAUGUGUGUGUGUGUGUGUGUGGAGCCAUAUCCUAUGUAAAUAUUGAUGAUCUAUCUAUUCUACAUGCCUUAUUCUAUAGUGUUAUAUUGGGUCUGGAUGGUUGCUUUUGUUUAUGCCUUCAAGGGGUCCUGGAAGGGUCACCAGGACUUUACAUACAAACCCGAACAUACUGCGACAGCCCGUGCUGUGUAGGCGCACAGUCUGCUGCCCUUUUCUCCUCAGUGAGAAUCAAAUGGAUUGUGGGAUAUCGUAGGAUGGGUGAAAAAAAAAGUUAAUCUUCCACCUGAAGGCUACAGACUAGUUGAUCAAGGUGGUUUUUGAUCCAACUCCCAAACGAAAUUAGUUUUUUUUGUUUUUACAUAUUUACUUUCUAUUAUAAUAGAUAUUAUCUUGAAAAACAAAGCUUGUACCCCUAACAAUGGAACGCCCAAGCAUAUUCUAUAUAUAUAUAUAGUUGAAAUAUCUCAACUUUAAAAAUCCCUCAUCCUACACAAUUGUUUUUAACAAACUACCGUUGUUCGAUUUCAGAAUCACACCAGACAAAUUUUAAUGGUAGUAAUAUUUAGCCCCUUCGGUUGACACAAGAUUGAAGUCAACAGAUUGCUCUCUACAUGGACAACCAAACUGUGAGUUGAUGGUUGGUGGUUUGAGGAUAAAUAAGAAAAAAACCAAGCCAAUGCCAGCGGCCACUAAAGAUCGGCUUUGUGUGCACGUCAGCCAAAGUUUAGCAAUCGUACGGGGUUUCAUUCAUGGCAACAGCAUUAUUGUUCAAGUGAGGAAUCUUGUUUGUGUUCAAAUUCUGUAUUUAUUUUUUAUUUAGCAGUCCAUGCAUGAAGAAAUACACUCGCUGUGCUGCUGCCAGGAUGAUAUUAUUAUCACUGAAAGGGUCAGUUCACCCAAAUUACACAAAAAUUGUGUUCCCAUGUGGUGUCCAGCCAUGCACAUAGUUUGGGUUUAAUUCAGUUGGGUUUUGAGAACGCCAAUAAAAAAAUAAAACACAUUUGAAAAACUAAACACCAACAUGUUUUCCCAGAAACAAUGUCCUGAUUACUACAGAGAAGUUACACAUCUCUCAGUGGACAUCUCACUUCUCUCUACCUGGAAAAUUGUUCACUUGAAUCCAUUUAUGUGUAAUUUUUUGAUUAUGUUGGCACCCCAAGUGAAAUUCUAUUCAUGCCUGUGCUGGACCGGAGGGGUGGCAAGUAUUUACAGGAGUGGAGAUAUAAAAACAAAACCCAGCACAAAAGAAAUCUUGAAGCCAGAAAGGAUGGCAUGCAGAUGGCAUUAAUCAGAAAAUAAUAAGGACUAAUAAGGUUCCUCUAUGGACUUCAGCAUGCAGCCAUCUCCUCUUGUAAGCUCUCCAGUCGCAGCUGACACAUCAAUUCAGGACCAAACUUGAAUUGAUGUGUCAACCAAACUCUCCUCCGGUCAUUAGCAGUGCCUUUUUAGUCCAUGCAGAACAUUUUCUCAUCAGAAAGGAGAAUGCUACUGUGUGAUUAAGGCUGCAGGUUGCCAUAAAGAUGUUUGCUUGCUUUAUCACUGAAUCUGACUCGAUGUACUGCUGCGGCCAUUUUUUGGGUUCUGUUUAGACUUUGUUUGGAUGAAAUAGUAGAUUCUGUAAAAUUCUCAGCUUGACCAUUUAUUGCACUGCCUCAUUAAAGGCCUAGCUUUAGUUUGGUAUAUGGAAUAUUAUUCAUGCAGUAACUAUUUUCCUCAUAAUUUCCCAAUCAUUUCUUGAAAAUAUCAGGUUCAAAGUUCUGAAAGGUUGAAAAGAACUUUGUAAUUUGGUACCAAUUAUAGGGAGGUAUGGUUCCGAGACUUGUUUUUAUAUAGUUAGUUGCAUUGAUGAAAUGCCUUUAAAGAAAAGCUCAAUUUAAACCCUAUUAAAAAUGCAUUCAUCAUCCGUUUAUUUCUGAAAUUCUCUUGAGGUUAUGCAUCUAAUGAAAAUGUAUUAAUUUGCAGAGUACCAAUUGAACACUUCUCUAUUUUAGCUAUAAUUAGUGAAAUUACGACAAAGGUCUUGUCCAACAGAAAGUCUUAUUGACAGCUAAAGCAUCAAAAACUCUUUACUGUGGAAAAGAAAAAAAUUCUCGCAUACCUCCAUCAGCUAAAAUUUAUUCCUUUUACCUAAAAGCGUGGAUUUGGUUUUCUUUUAUUCCCCUAUAAUUAGUACCAUUACACCGUUCUUUCCAAAAACAUCCAAGGGAAUUAUUAAGAAUGUAUGGAUCUGUAAAAUAAAAGGCAACAAACUACACAUUAAAGCUUUGUCAACAUUA